UAAUGUUAAACUAGAAAAAAAAAAAAUGGCAAUGGGUCUGAACUGGUUCAUAAGAGCAGUAGUGACUCAAAUAGUAGGCCAAACAGAUGACAGCAGUACAGGAGAAGUGAAGAUAGAGAGUGUGAAAAUGAGUACUAAAGAUGGAGGAGAGAAAUGCUCAUCAGGGUUUCAGAUGCCAUUGCACUAUCCAAGGUACAAGAAGGAGGAUUACAUGAAGAUGGAGGAGUGGAAGGUGGACUUGUUGUUGAAGGAGUAUGGUUUGUCCUUUUAUGGUUCUAUGGAGGAGAAGAGAAACUAUGCUAUGGGGACCUUCUUGUGGCCUAGCCAACUCUAGAUACAUAAUUACUACUACUCCCCCAUUAACAUGCAUAUGAGAUAUCUAUGUAAGUCUUAAUUAUAUGUCUAUGCAUGUAUUUCUUAUAAGAGAGUGAGAGUGGUGAUGAUGUUCAUGAUAUAUAUAUA